AUGUUCCUCCUGCCACAGCCAGCGCUCGCCUCUGAGCCUCGGACUCUACCAAGGCUUUCACGCUUCCAACGCCGUGUCAAAGUCUCAAAUCUCACAUUUGGUCUCCUCAUUCUCGCCUUGGUACUCUCGUUGGCUGCAAAUUAUCACCAAUCGACGCGGUUUCAUCGGCUGCAGGCACCUUUGCCAUCCACACUCAGAGCCGCUUCAGUAGCGCUCAGGAGCGACGCCGUCAAAAGCGCGACAAAUCUUAUUGUUGUUGCCGGUCAUGGUAUAUGGCGGGGAUGUAACACGUCUGAAUGGACAGAUGAACGUAAUUGGGUUUUACAACAACAUCAAAAGGGGACUGACAAUCCUCGGGCAUUUUACAGCCAUAUAAAAAAGGGAGUCGCCCUGGCGAGUCGCGAUCCUGCGUCCAUUCUUCUAUUCAGCGGGGGAUACACACGUCCGGAGCUUCCCACUCAAUCCGAGGCUGAAUCUUACCUCGCACUGGCACUACAAUCCUUCGACUACGAAGCUUCUUGGAGAGCACGCGCGUUCACAGAAGACUAUGCUCUUGAUUCGUUCCAAAACCUCUUUUUCAGCAUCAUGCGCUUCCACGAACUGGCUAUCGCAGUCGGCAAAACAGGGCGUGCCUCGUGGCCUAUGAGAAUCGCCGUUGUAGGUUUUGAGAUGAAACGACGUCGUUUUGUUGAGCUUCAUCGUCAUGCACUACGCUGGCCAAACGACUCGUUUGACUAUAUCGGCCUCGACUUGCUGGAUCCGACGGAGCGAGACAAAGGCUGGCAAGGCGAGGAGACAUAUGGAUUUGGGCCUUACACCCGCGACCUCUACGGCUGUCAUGGCCUUCUCGCCGAAAAGCGGAUGUCCAGGAAUCCUGCCGCACGCUUCUUUCCAUACAAGACUACCAGCCCAGAGCUGGCUGCUCUCAUCGACUGGUGUCCGUCCGAAACGGCCUCCCAACAGCUCUUCACAGGCCCUCUUCCGUGGGACUGA